AUGGAGACGACUGUGCAUCCUAUCGCACAAUCAGGCUUCGGGACUGGGACAACCGAACUAUAUGAUCGGGUUCGCCCCUCGUACUUAACUGAAUCUCUUUCAUACAUCCGCCAGAUACCCAAGACCACAGCACCGUUGCACGUCGUCGAUUCCUCCCUCCAGUUGGCUUUCAGAAUUGGGGCGGGAACGGGAAUUUUCACCCGUGCUUUGUUAACUCACCCAGAGUGGGCCACGAGCAUUGGCGCGCUGAGAGCGGUCGAACCUAGUGACGACAUGCGUGAUUUUUGGAUGAAAUCUGUCAAGGACGACUGCGCUGCUAUCACCAAAGGAACAUUUGAUAACACCGGCGUGGAAGAUGGAUGGGCUGACAUUGUCAUUAUCGCAGAGGCAUUCCAUUGGUGCCUCGACCACGGAAAGGCAUUGGCCGAGUUCGCUCGUAUCUUGAACAAGGACGGAGCAGUUGUGAUGAUAUGGAAUCUUGAAGAUAGGGAGGCUGCAGGCUGGGUUGCACAGCUCUAUGAUCGCAGGAAGGUCCAUCAGAAAAGCACGCCUCAAUUUCACUUCAAUCUCCUGAGGCGAGCGUUCUCUAAUACACCUGAGUAUACCUCCGUAUUUCAUUCUCACGAAGAGAACAAAUGGGCAUAUCGUGCUCUUGCUACUGAUCAAAUUGUUACGGAGCGAGCACUGAGUUGGAGUUACAUUUCUGUGCUCCCUCCAGAUGAAAAGGCCAAGGUAGUGGAGGACAUCAAAGUAAUUCUUGAGCGAGGAGAUGGUAAAGUCUGGAUCAACAAGGAGGAGGGCACGUAUCAAUACCCACAUACGUCUCUCGUCGUGGUAUCUAGAAAGAAAUAG